UAAAUUAAUUGUUUAUCAUAAACAUUUAAAGUACAGUUUCAAUCAGACUGGGAUUUAUUUCAUAUUUUAUUUUACAAGCCAAAAUAUUAAAAAAAAAUCUUAGCAAAUUGCUUUGACAAUUCAAAAUGCCCGACAAGAAAGGAGUCAAAAUAACAAAACAGAAUAAGUGCCGGAAACAACCCCCAGGUCCCAGUGGAGGAUAAAAACAGAGUCCGUUAGUGCGUCCGUCAGUCAGUGAGAGUCGCAGCCGCAUUCGCAGUUGACGUCGCGGCGCGUUUUUAUUUUAAGCUCAAAAUACAAUUUCUAUUUUUUCCUCCACACACGAGACAAUUUCGCAAUGGGCAUUUCAUAAGUGAGCAUAAAUAUAUAAAUAAAUCAAGAAUAUAUGUCGCAUAUAUAAUCAAAACAAACAAAAAAUUGUGCAUUUUGCGAUGGCUAUAGUGAAAAUUACGAGAAUUUUUUUUAAAUGUCGCGUUGAGCGUUGAAUGGGAAACCACGUGAAUCUGCUGAACUUACACUGAAAAGUCAAUCGAAAACUUGAGUUAAACGAAAGACAAGCAAAAGAAACUGAUUUGUUAUAAUCAAUAUGGACUGGGAUUGGGCAGUUGGCGGCAUCACGGAUGAUAUACCCCGUACAACGGGUGCGGAGUGCAUCAAUUAUAUGACGGAUCGACGUCGCUGGACAGAAUCGGCGCUACUCUGCGCCCUAUUCGUCUACAUCAUGCACAGUUCGUGGAAACAACUGGCACCCAUCCGUUUGCCGUCGCCACAUGAGAUACAGAAAUCACACAGUCCGAUGAGAUUAUUCCUGCUGAUCAGCAUGUCCAUCGUCUUUGGCAUCGAGAUGGGCUUCAAGCUGGCGGGUCGCUCAAUGAUCUUCACCCUGAAUCCGUGCCAUGUGCAAACCUGCCUCCAGAUCUAUUUGCUGGCUGCCAAACCGACGAGGACGACAACUGCCUUGUUUCGCAUUCAGAUGAGCAACUUGAAUGGACCCUUUCUGGCAUUUAUCUUUCCCGAGGUCGAGGGACGCACCUAUCCCUUUGAGCAGGCCGCCUAUUGGAUACAGCACGCCCUGCUCUACAUCAUACCCAUUUACAUCUUGAGAAGCGGUGCCUAUACAGUUGAGGAUUUGGGUGACUUCAAGUGGUCCAAAAUCGGCACCGCCUUCAUGCUCUUCUAUCAUUUUGCGUUGCUCUCCCCGCUAUCCAUACUUACUGGCAUUAAUCUGGAUCAUAUGCUGUGUGCGGCGAUGUCGGAUCCGUUUCAGGGUCAAAACUAUAGACUCUUUGCGUGUUGCCAUCAGGCGAUGCUUUGUCCGCUGCUCAGCAAGGGAACUGCUCUGAUCUUUGGCUCCAGGAAGAGCAGAUCCAAUGAGAAUGGCAUACACAAUAAUGUUGCGCUUAGCAGCGAGAACUAUGCCCCAAUAUCGGAUGCCAUCUAUCAUCAGUUGCAGCAACAGCAGCAGCAACAGCUACAGCAGCAACAGUUGCAACAACAUCAGGAUUAUGUUUCUGCGGAAUCGUUGGCGGGAGAAUAUCGGAUGCCGACAACUAAGAUUGACUAGUAUAGCGCCAAUUUGUGGCAAAUUUUAUUUAUAUUCGAUGCGACAAGUCAAUUUCUAGUUUAUUACACAAUUUGCCUGAAUUUCGUCAAUGAUUUAUGAAGAUUUCGAUUGCUCCCCCAAAGCAAAUUUGUAGUUAGAAGCGUAGCAAAAGAAAAAUGGGGGGAGGGGUAUGUUAAGUGUACAUACAAUAAAUAUAUAAUAUUUACAAUAUUAUAAUAAAUUUAAGGCUAAUUGAUUUAUGCUCAUCGAGGUUCUACUUCUAAUUAAUGGCAACAGUUCGAAAUGUUCUUGUUCAAUUAUUGUACUAUUACUAUUUAACAAUUAGUUUGUCGUAUAAAAUCAAAAUAUUUAUUAACGUUUAA